AUGACUGAAGCCGUGACCUUGAAACGACCUCGUUCUCCGACGAAUCGGGUAAGAUUCGCACUCAGAGAAACAGAAAAAGAAAAAGUUGAGCUGAUUCAGUCAGAGGAACCCGAUGAAAAGUACAUGCACAUGGCGCCCGCACCGAUCAUGCUGAAUCCGGUGGCAGGAAGUGAGUUGGUCGAUUCUGCUACUCGCGGAGCCCCUGCUCCUCCCCCGCCCUUUUCCCACCUGUACUGGCAAAUGCUUCAUCAAAUGCAGCAGCAUCAGCAGAUGGAACUGCCGAUGGUCCGGAAGGAACGGGAAGACGGUCAGUCCUCUCUCCCCCUCUUCAUCUCAUUUUCCUCACUUUCAGAGUCCACGUCGACGCCGUCUUCCCGCCGACAGACUGUCAACGCGCAGUUCGUUCCGCGUCCGAUCCGCGUGCCGACGCAACCGUUCCUCAAUCCGCUUCCGUUCGGAAUUCUCCCCCAGCACUUGGCUCUGCCGCCCUCCGAAGUUCCCGCUCAAAGUCCGCCGCCUGCCCGUCCGAUUUCUCCCCAACACAUUUACAAUGUUCCCAGUUUUCAAAGGGCUGACGAGGAAAUUUACAGUGUAACGCGGCGAAAUGGGAGCCAAUUAACGAUUGAGUCGACUUUCAGAAAUUCGUGGAAUCGGUGCGGAAACUGGCGGCGAAACUGACGGCCACAGAGAAGAGUUGA